CAUCAUCAUCAGCAGCAGCAGCAGAACAUGCGCUCAGUGCGACUGCUGCUGCUGCUGCUGCUGCUUCAGCCGCUGCCGCCGACGCCAAUGCAAACCCAAUGCACGCGUUCAAGGCGUCGCUCCUGCUGCCGCGCGCCGACGGAUUCCCGCUCUGGCCAAAGAACAUCAACGAGCACGAGGCCUCCGUGUUGAAGCGCACUGGCGGCGCAUCGCAGGCGCUGUACGACUGGCAGCUCUCGGGCGAUCGCUCUGCUGCCACACUGCCAAGACAACAGCCGCCCGAGCAGCCGAGACACCGAGACCCUGCGACCCCCAGCCAAAGCCCAGCGGAUGAAAUCAUGGACCAGAAACAGGAAUCCGUCGAGCGCGGCUCAAUCACACCGGAAGCAGGACUACCUGCCGAGAGCUCAUCAUUCAAGCUCAGCCAAGCGAACGAUGCCAAGCACCCGUUGUUCAUCCUUCACGAUGGCCCGCCGUACGCGAAUGGACAGCUCCAUCUGGGCCAUGCCAUGAACAAGAUUCUCAAAGACAUCGUCGUCCGGCAUAAGGUCCUGCGAGGGAAUCGCGUGCACUUUGUACCGGGCUGGGACUGCCAUGGCUUGCCGAUCGAGCUCAAGGCGCUUGGAGACUCACUCACGAAACACGUCGAGUUCACGCCCGCUCAGCUGCGAACCAAGGCCGCGCAGUUUGCUCGCGAAGCCAUGGAGAUGCAGCGAAAGGAAUUCAUGUCGUGGGGUGUGCUCGGCGACUGGCAGCAUCCAUACCUGACCAUGACGCCGAGCUACGAGGCGCGACAACUGCAAGUGUUUUACCAGCUGUACACCAAGAAGCUCAUCUACCGCGGCCUGAAGCCGGUGCACUGGUCGCCGUCCACGCAAACAGCGCUGGCAGAGGCCGAGCUCGAGUACCAGGACAACCAUGUGAGCGUGGCGGCGCACGUUCGCUUUGAGCUGCCUGCCAACCACAAGGCAGCCUUGUUGCAAGCAGCCAACUGGCAGGAUGCCGGCGCCGUCGACAGAGCUGCGCUUUCCGACAAUCUUGCCGUCAGCAUGGUGGUCUGGACCACAACCCCUUGGACCAUUCCUUCAAACCAAGCGAUCGCCAUCAACACCAGCCUCGACUACUCGCUGCUCCACGUCACAGAAGCAGUCCAGCCGGCCAGCCCGGGCCGCAAAUGGCUCACACAGACAAUCAUGCCGUCUCGAAGCCGGGACCAGGUGAUUCUAGUUGCGACACCCUUGGUCCCAUCCAUUGUGCAGGAUUUCGCCACAGCUCAAUCACAAGUCAAGCAAGUCGCCUCGAUUUCUGGUGCAAGCCUUCUGGCAUUGGGCCUUCAGGCAACCCAUCCCCUCGAAGCUCAUCGCACCGUGCCAAUUAUUCAUGGCUCGCAUGUCACAGCCGACGCAGGCACGGGUUUGGUUCACACUGCUCCUGCGCACGGCGUGGAUGACUUUAUCGUCUGCAAAACAAACAACAUUCCGCUUCUCAACCUGGUCGACGAGCGUGGCUGCUACAAGGCGGACGUCGCACACGGUCUCGCCGGCCUGCAAGUCCUCACAGUCGGCAACGCCAAGGUGCUCGAGCUGCUUGAGCAGGCAGACCGUCUGCUGCUCGCCAAACCUCUCAAGCAUCGCUACCCCUACGACUGGCGGUCGAAAAAGCCCGUCAUCACGCUGGCCACCAAGCAAUGGUUUGCAAGCCUGACCAAUGUCAAGCACGACGCCCUGCAGGCGAUUCUCGGCGUCGAGCUCGUGCCCGCCGUGUCUCGCAACCGACUGGCCGCCAUGCUGGGGGGCAGAAACGACUGGUGCAUUUCGCGGCAGCGCUCGUGGGGUGUGCCAAUCCCCGUCUUUUACAACAAGGAGACUGGCGAGCCGCUGCUCGACGACGACAUGUUUGCCCACAUCCACCAACUCGUCUUGCAGCAAGGCACGGAUUGCUGGUUCACCAAGAGUGUCGCAGAGCUGUUGCCGGCGUCGAAGGCGUCGAUGGCCGAGCAAUUGGUCAAAGGCACCGACACGAUGGAUGUCUGGUUUGAUAGCGGCACCUCGUGGAUGCUUGUGCAGCAGCUGGCGGCUCAGCAGCAGCAGCAGCAGCAGAAACAAGCCGACAAGCCUGCCCCAGCGCCGGUUGUCGCAGACCUUGUUCUCGAGGGCUCGGACCAGCAUCGUGGCUGGUUCCAGUCUUCGCUGCUGACCUCGGUGAUUGCACGAGGUGUGGCUCCCUUCAAAACCAUUGUGACGCACGGCUUUUUGCUGGACGAGCGUGGUCGCAAAAUGUCAAAGUCCCUUGGAAACGUGGUCGAGCCUGCACGCAUCACGCACGGCGGGAGCGCUGGAGCCAAAGGCGGCGAGCCCUGGACGGCUGCUGGCACGGACGUUCUCCGCGCCUGGGCAGCGUCUGCUGACUACUCGGCAGACGUGGUCAUCAGUAAAGACGCCAUCAAGGCACAGACACAGAUUGUCAAAAAGAUCCGCAACACCUUCCGGUACUUGCUCGGCAACCUGCACGACUUUGACCCGGCGAAACACUUGGUUCCGCUUGCCAGCCUUCGCUUGGUGGAUCGCGUCGUGUUACAGCGGACCAGUGCGCUGUGGGAUUCUGUCCAACAAGGGUACGAAUCGUAUGCGUUUGCUCGAGCAUCCCUGGCCAUCACGACAUUCUGCAAUGUCGAGCUGUCUGGCUUUUACUUUGAGUUGUCCAAAGACCGCCUGUAUGCCGCUGGCGCCGAGUCGCCCGAGCGUCGUGCUGCACAGACUGUGUUGUACCACGCUGUGGUCACCAUCUGCAAGGCAGUGGCGCCCGUGCUGUGCCAUCUCGCCGAUGAAGUCUGGUCGCAUCUGCAAGGCAAUCCCGAGCAAAGCGUCCUUCUUGGCCACCAAGCCGCCGCGUCGUCUCUGGGUGACGUCGAGCCAUCGCUUGCUGCCGCUUGGCCAGCGCUUCUCAACCUCCGUGCUGUGGUCAAUCGCGCACUCCAAGUCCCGCGCUUUGCCCAGCAGAUUGGCUCUCCCUUGGACGCGGAUGUGACGCUUGAGCUCUCCCCAGGCAGCAUUGAAGCACUGCAGACUCUGUUUUCCAACUCCAGCGCCUCCCUCGAGGAGCAGUUAGCCGAGCUCUUCAUUACUUCGCAAGUUCGACUGGUCGAUCGUCCCGAGCCUGCCUCAGCCCGCCUUCUGCACACUCAGCGAGAGGAGUUGGAGGGAUUAGGACCCAGUGUAACCCCAAUUGCGGUGCACGUCUCACGCGCGGCCCUGCACAAGUGCCCCCGCUGUUGGCGAUUUACUGCGCAAGAGCCCGCUCAUCUUUGUCAGCGCUGUGCAAAACUGAAUGUUUAAAAGACAUGCAACGUAAUACAACAAAUUGCAACCGU